AAGGAAACGCGAUCCUCCCCGCUAGAAAGUGGCCAGUAACUAGCACCAACAUUCUCCACUUGGCUCUGUAGCUGCGAGGAACAGCUAUGGAAGAUCCUGACAAGAAGACUGAAGUAGUACUGCUGGCCUGUGGGUCCUUCAAUCCCAUUACCAACAUGCAUCUAAGGCUGUUUGAGCUGGCUAAAGACUACUUCCAUGAAACAGGAAAAUACAAAGUAAUCAAAGGAAUAAUUUCACCAGUAGGUGAUGCAUAUAAGAAGAAAGGUCUGAUCAGUGCGAAUCACCGAGUAACAAUGGCAAAACUAGCUACAAAAAACUCAGAUUGGGUGGAAGUUGAUGAUUGGGAAAGCAGCCAGAGUGAGUGGUUGGAAACACUAAAAGUUUUAAGGUACCAUCAUCAAAAGCUUUUAUCUCCUGAUCCCACUAACAGUCUGCAGAAUGCUAUACCUUUAACAAAGCCAGGACGGAAGAGGAAACAGGAACCAAAUAGGCAUGACCCCGUUAAAAAGAAAAAUCAGAGUCCAGAUAUAAAAAGUGUCCCACAGGUUAAACUGCUUUGUGGAAGUGACAUGCUGGAAUCUUUCGGGAUCCCCAAUCUGUGGAAGUUGGAGGACAUCACUGAAAUUGUGAAAAAUCAUGGCCUUGUAUGCAUCAGUAGGGCUGGAAACAGCGUUCAGAAAUUCAUCUAUGAAUCUGAUAUUUUGUGGAGACAUAAGAAUAACAUUCACCUUGUGGAAGAAUGGAUCACAAAUGAUAUUUCCUCCACCAAGAUUAGGAGAGCACUGCGCAGGGGCCAGAGCAUUCGUUACCUGGUGCCUGAUGUAGUUCAAGCAUACAUAGAAAAAAAUAAUCUGUAUAGUCCAGAGAGUGAAGACAGGAAUGCUGGAGUGGUCUUGGCUCCCUUACAGAAAAAUGCAUGUGAUUCCAAAAACUAACAGGCAUUAUAGAACUGACUUACUUUCUGCUGUGAAAAAGCUACAGUUCAGUACAGGAAAAUGGUUGGGGGGGGGAGUGUUUGUUUGGGUGUGUUAUUUUGGUUUUUUUUUUAAGUAAAUACUGGGGUAAUUCUGUGGCUUUAGUACAUAUGUAGCUGCUGUUGAGGUUUGGUGCACUCAAUAAUUGAACCUACACAACCUUUUUUAAGUCCAACAAUAAGGUUUUCACGUUUAAACAUUUUGUCACAGUGCAGUGAACUAAGUAUAAGAAUUCAUACUUGCAUAUGAGAAUUACAAAUUAACAAACAAAACAAAUGAAAAUGUUCUGAUUAUUUUUAACUCAGACUGCUCUGACUGCUAUUUAUAAAAUACUAAUACAAAUAUUUUUAAUAAUUUACAGUGUUUUAACAGACAAAGCCAUUUAAUUUCAAAAUGUACCACUUACUGAUAGUAAAUCUAUGUAACUCAUUUUUUAAAAAAUUGCCAACAUGUGGUGCACCUCAAAGAAAUCAUGUAGCUCUGUCCUGGAAGGGGAAAAUUUACUCCUGGCUGAAAUGGUGCUAGAUACACCAUGCUUUGAGUUGCCUGCCUUUCAAAUAUGCAGCCUGUUUGUCUGCCGUCAUGCAAUUUGCUCCCAGAAAUGCCUUGUGCUUUGCUUUUCUAGUCAUGUUUGCAGAGCUGUUAAGUUCAGCACUUUUUCUUAUGGAAGGACAGACCUACUUCAGAAACUGGUUUAUAGCCAUUGAUUUAAUGGAUAGAGAUUAAUAAUAGUGUCACUGCACUGAUUCUCAGACAGUUGUCCCUUUAUUUCAAAUAAUAAAUGAGCUUUUACUUUUGAACCAAAUGUAUAUAGCCAGAAUUGUUUUCUGUAACGAGUUGAGAAGAAAUGCUAGGAUAUUAAGACUACAUAAGUGAAAUGUUUUUCUUUGAUAGAAAUCUAGUUUUGAAUCUAACAGUACAUUGUCUGUAUUAUGUGACUAUAAACUAGAGAGGCACUGUGAAUGUCAUGGUGAUAGAAUUCUACCUCCCUUUAUUUGCUGUCAUCCCAUUUUUGUUUGGAUUAUGUGCCUUAUUAAAAAAGUCAAGGUUUCCAAGAUGCUACCUAAUGGGUCAACAGCUUUUUCAUACUGUAGAUGACUCUGGUCACAUUUUUCAGAUCAACAAAUCCAGCAGAAUUUGAGACUCUCAGGGCAGGAAGCCUAGAUGCUGUUGGGCAAAUCUAGAACCAGGGACAUGUUCCAGGAUCAUAACUGUGACAACCCAUCAUCCUCCUUCCCUGGGCAGGGGAUCCCCAAGGAGCUAAGGCAGAGGUGCAGGCUUCCCUGUGAGCUUAGGGGGUGAGUCUGGAAACCAGAAGCUAAACACAGAACAUCACAGGUGCCCCUAGGGCCUACAAGGCUCCUAUAAAACCCAGCGGGGGAGUCAAGACGCUAUCAGGAAGAUGUGUAACCCACAGUGGAGCUAGCAUCAGGCAUGCAAACUGAGAGCCCCACGUGAAAUUCUGCAAUUCCAUACACUAGAACAUCAGUGUUCUGCUAGCUCCAGCCUGUAAAUGUGGCUGUCUACAGAGAAUCUACAAGGAGAUUAGUGUAAUAAAAUCAAGUCCCAACUUAGAAGUGCACCUGUAACUGCACUGUGACAGAAAGUAGCAUCAAGGAUUCUUCGUUCUUUUUCUUGGUGAUUCCUGCAUCAAAUGUGCUCAGUCUGCCAUUUUUCCCCUUGAGGUCAGGCAAGCUUACACCGUCCUUUGAUAAUGAGGCUGGGUUUGUUUAUCAUCAAUAGUAAUAAAGGUACUGAAGGAUAAAUUAUGCCCCCCGUGACACCUUAGCAAUCAAACUGCCAUAACUGAUUGAAGAUAACUAUAUUGUUGAUGGUGCAUAGGAAAGGACAAGAUCUACUUUUCUCUUUUGCUCGCUGUCUAUGACUGGCAAGAAUAGCAGGCAAGAAAGAUAUAUUUCAAGAAAGAUUUAUUUUCAGUACUCAUGUCAACUACUGUGCUUCUGAAUAAACAGAGCAAUCUUUGUAAUGGGAAAGCACCCUAUUUAUGUGGUCACUUUUCAGAGUAAAACUGCACUUUAAAUCUAGGUUUAUUCUUCUAAAUAAUGAUGCUGGUGUGUGUUGGUGCACUUUGUGUAAUUCUAGAGAAACUGCAAAUUCAAUAGGAUGUUUUAUAAAGCUUUGGUCUUCAAACAGUUAUAUUUCACUGGGUUUUAAUGUAGUUAUGUAUGAUGGGUCUUUCAA